GGGGCUGGUGUCUGCAGCAUGGAGCAAGGACUGGUGGUUACUCAGCUGGACAUCCAGCCUGGAGAGUGCAUCAAGGUCAAAGGGAAGAUCCUGUCUGAUGCCAAAGGGUUUGCUGUGAAUGUGGGGAAGGACAGCAGCACCCUCCUGCUGCAUUUCAACCCUCGCUUUGACUGUCACGGGGAUGUCAACACCAUCGUGUGCAAUUCAAAACAGGAUGGCAUGUGGGGUGAAGAGGACAGGAAGGCUGACUUUCCCUUCCAGCAUGGGAACAAGACUGAGAUUUGCAUCUCCUUCAAUGAAACGGAGGCAACAGUGAAGCUGCCUGAUGCUGAGUUCCAGUUCCCUAAUCGGCUGGGCAUGGAGAAAAUUGAAUACCUAGCUGUAGAGGGAGACUUCAAAGUCAAAGCCAUUAAGUUCAGUGAUCAGCUAUAGCUUGCUUGGUUUGCUUUUUCUCCCCCUGCAUAGUGAAAUAAACUCAAACUUGCAAUGGC